CAAUAAAUAGUAUCAAUGACCAAUUAUAUAACACUCAUUUCAUUUUUGUUUUUACUUUUUCGAGUUUCCAAGAAUGACCAUUCUUUUUCCGGCGGCAACUGCCGGCAGCGCAACCACAUUCCCUAAAUCAAAUUUCGUAAGUCCAGCGUCUAUAACUCCUCUCUCCGUCCCAAUUAAUAUCCACCGUCCAUUCCUAGCGCCGCGAUUACGCCUCGGCCGUCUUCACGCUGCGUUAUCUCCUCAACCGCCCAACUCUCAGCCCGACCCACCGCCUCCCGAAGAUGACCGCAAAGGGAUUGCUGCAACUUUCACUAGAUUUCAGGACCGGGUUCAGAUCUUUUUUGCUGUUCUUUUCUGGAUGUCUCUAUUCUUUUGGGCUUCUGCAUGGGAUGGAAGGAAUAGAGGCGGUAGUAGACCAAAUAAAGGAUCUCGAUUUAGAAGAUGAUGGUGUAAGAAUUGAAUUUGUGUAUAUGAUUACAUGUCUUUUAGAGAGAGAGGGAAAGUAGUAGUAGAAAAUACAUAGCAGAAGUAGGACAUUCCUAUACAGGUGGUUAUGGCAGUCUCGUCUCUUUCCUUACAUUCAUUUUGUUAGUUCAAGUAAGUAGGAAACAUUGGAUAAUUUAAUCCAAAGUGAAAUGUUCACAUUCUGGAAUUGAGUAAAGAGAUACUUAAUACUA